CCCCUGUUCAACUCAUUUCGAAUUUCUCUGUUUGUGGUAGUCUCGCCUCCACUUUUGACAUGUGGAAGAAAAGAUGUAUCGUCUACUGAAAAAUGAUGGAGCACAUUGGACCUUAAAGGGAGUGAGUAUAAGAUUGAUUAAAAAUCAGCAAUUCAAACGGGCCCACGAGGGAAAAAUCAGAAUCCAAGUGGCCGAAUCGAUAACUAAAUUGGUCCAAAAUAUUCCCGGCCUUUUUAAUUUUGGAAACCGAGGGAACAUUUUUUAACCUUCAUCUGGAGGUAGCUUCUGAAACCCCAAACUAAUCAUAAAAUUGUCUUUUGUCUUUUGGAAAUCCAUGCCUUGAUUUACUUAGUUGACAUUGAUCAUAAUUGCUUCAAUGGCAACAUCUGCUGUAAGUUUUGGUGCGUUGGUGACUCUUGAGGAACUAGUUCCCUCCUCCUCACAAUUCACGCAAGGAGCAUCGCUUCGAGUUACUGGAAAGCUACAGGAGUAUGACAUAGAGACUGCAAUUGCCUCAAUUGUCGAAGGCAAUGCUUCCUUAAAGAUUGACACGCAACAUUUGAAGGUCAAUCUUCGCAUAGGUUCCUUGUACCAGUUCAUUGGAGAACUGCUUAUUGACCCCAGCAAUCAGGCAAUUUUGAGGGCACGAGUGGGUAGGAAUGUAGAUGGCAUGGAUCUUAAUCUCUAUCAUCAGUCUCUGCAGCUCUUGAGAGACUUUCAAGCUGAGCAGAUGAAUAGCACGACAUCUUAGGGUAAUAUCUAUUUAUAGAAAAGAUACAAGGUUAAUAUCAACUGUCAAUUCUAUCUGAAGAGGAGAAAGAUGAGAACAAAAUAUGGCUGUUUUCAUUUUUCUUGCCUAAUCGUACAGAUGUUGGCUUCCUGUAUCUAUUUUGUGUGGAACUCAACUAGAAGCGAAGCAAAAUAUCUUUAUGGAGAGGGAAAUUGAUUCCUCCACCAAGCUAGUUGUUACCUUUUGCUUGUUACCCAUUCACUUGCAUCUUUUCAUUGAUAUAUUCAAUCAAAUUUCUGCGA